AUAUCACUUUACUAGAAAUAUCUUUGCCAGUAGCUUGCGCUACACAAUAAAUAAAUAUCAAUAUGAGCAAGAUCAUUUUGGUUAUAAUUUUGUCCAUACAACUACUAACAGUUAUAGCAUUCUACCCCGAAAGUUACGAUGUUGACAUCCACACUGCGAUUCAAAAAAGUUUGUAUUUACGAUACAUACUGGAAAAUAGUAGUUAUAUAAAAGUGUGUCACCAAGAUUUGUGGUGCGUGGAGAAAGAAGAACCAAUUAAAAUUCAUGAAUUGAUUAAUAAUAAUGAACAGCUGAAUAUGUCAAAUGACAACGAGAUGAAUGUGAUGUGUAUAUUUUGUUUCAAUCCAAGAAAUCUUGAAGCCGUACAAAGACCAACCCAGUACGAAGAACUGCAACUUUUCAGUAAAGGUCAUAAGGGUUGCUAUGUAUAUAAUCAGACUAAAAAAGUGCCAUACGGAUGCAAGUGUUCUGAGCUGAACUAAUAACAACGUUAAAACUAUGAAAACAUCCAUAACAAAAAAAGUAAAGUUGUUAAAAAAGAGCAAAUGGUUUCAAUUUUGAACUCCCUUACGAUAAAUAAACAAAAACUUCGUUUUCACUCUUUAUUUGUUUAGUCAUUUGGUGAAAUUUAAA